CUGUCCACGAUGCACGACGCCAAGCCCGACGCGGCCGGAUUCUAUAAGGACGAAAUCAUCGCCGCGGUCAAGGCCAGGCACGGGUACACCGACAAGCCGGAGAUAUACCAGAUCGUCCUCGGGGACAACAAGGUGUUCUCCAGGGAGGUUGGCACGAGGAAACAAGGCGUCAAGCAGGGGAGGCCGAGGACGCUGUACUCGCUCGUGUCCCUCAAGGGCCCGCCCAGGCCCUCGUCCCCGUCCCCGACGCGCCAGAACAUCAAGGAGGCAUCGCCCGAGUCAACCGCCGUCGAAGCCGGCGCGGGGCCCGCGGCUGGCGCGGAGAAGGAGAAGGAGAACGCGCCCGCGCCCGCCGCGCCCGCCGUCGACGCCGACGCCGACGCCGACGCCGACGCCGAGGGCCGCACGAACCGCCCGAGGCGCGCCGCCGCCAACAGGGAACAGCAGCUGAAAAAACGCGAAGAGGAGGAGGCGCGCAUCGAGGAGGCGCUUAAGGACGAGGAGAAGCGCAGGAGGGGCGAGAAGAAGGCGAGGGGUCGGCCGCCGAAGGCGGUCCCGGCGACCACCCCCGCGCCCAAACGCGCCAAGACGACGCACGCCCACCCACCUAAACACGGCACGCCCGGCCUCGCCGACGCCGCGGACAUCCUCCUCGACCUCGCCAGCAACGAAAACUCCCCAGCCGCAUCUGGCGAACACGAGGGCGGCAUGGUACCCGCGUCGCCGCUCGGGUCGCCGAUUCGACGAAGGCGAACCUCCGCUACCGACUCGGACAACGAGGCGCAGCAGCAGCAGCAGCACACGAACCGGCUGUACCAGCCCACGGCGACGCGGGUUCGAUUCCUCGACGAGCCGGAGAGGCCCGACGUCCACGCGGAGAUGAACCUCAACACCCCGCGGGGACGGCACUUUGAUUUCGCCGCCGCCGCCGCCGCCGCCAGGUCCGUCGCGGACGCCUCCGCGGGGAGCGUCGACGGUGUUGAUACCGUCGCGAAGGAUGCGGCCGUGGCGCUCAUCAUGGCGAACGACGCCAAGGGUGAGAAGCAGCUGCGGAAGGCGCUCGAAGCGCAGAACCGAGCCAUCACGGCGCUCCUGGCGGACAGGGAGGUGAGGUCGGCGACGGUCAACUCGCUCUGCCUGGCGGUGGAGAACAUCGCGGAGAUUGCCGCCGCGAGGCAGCAGGAGGCGAGCGUCGAGACUCGAAGGGCGGCGGCGGCCAUCGCGGCUCCGACGUUCCACGGGCAGGAACACAUCAGGGAUGCGAGGAGGGAGCUGGACCAGAUGAGGACGCGCAUGACGCUCGAGCUGGAGAAGAUAUCCGCGCGGUUAGACCAGGGGCUCAGGUGAAAAAAAACUCGACACCCGUGUAACCCCAUCGAUCGCGACGACGUCGCCUUGUAAGAAAAGCACAGUACCAGGUACACGAACG